UAGCCGAGAGACUUUCUUUUUCCACGCCCGGGGUCCCGACUCCCGACAUACGCUUAGCGAGCUGGCUUCCAGUGCCCCCCGCACCGUCCGCGCUCACCACGACGUCACCGCCACAAUGCCCCACGAAAUAAUCGACUCGCACAUCCACCUCUUCACCGCGUCCGACCUGCCGCACCUAUCAUGGAUGACCCCGUCGAAUUCGCUUAACGCCCCGCACUCCGUCGCGGAAUACACCGUCGCAUGCGAUACCGCCCUUACAGACGGCUCUGAUACCUCCGCUGCCAGCCCAGACCGCACUUCCAUCGCAGGGUUCAUCUUCGUCGAGACCGACCGUGCGUACACGCUUCCGCUCGAAGCGACCGAGGAAUGUCUUUCCCAGCCGCUUGCCGAGCUCAGAUUCGCGGCCGCACUGGAGGGCUGCUUGGCUGUUGUACCGUUUGCGCCCGUAACGCUCGGUAGAGACGGGAUGGAGAAGUGGUGGACCAUGGUGGCAGAGUCCGACAGGAAACGGGUGUGUGGAGUUAGGUACCUGUUCCAGGAUAAGCCCGCGGGUACGAUGCUGCCGGCAAACGUGGAGCAGGGAGUGAAGUGGGUGCUCGAGAAGGGGUUGGCGUUCGAUCUAGGCGUGGACUUUCAUCGUGGCGGAGAGUGGCAGAAGCACGAAGCGCUGCGGAUGUUGAAGGGAGUGUUCGAAGGGGCGAGCGACAAAGGCGGCUGGAUCGUGUUGAAUCACAUGGGCAAGCCUGACAUGACCAUUCCUAGCGAGGCGGCGACAUCGCAUCCCACAUUCAUCGCAUGGAAGGCCCAUCUCACCCGGAUCGCGGCUUUCCCGCGGGUGGCAGUGAAGAUGUCGGGCGUCUUUUCCGAGCUCGAUACGUCCGCCGGGAUGUGGGAACCGGAAACACUGGAACAACAGGUUCUUCCCUGGGUAACCGCCGUCUUCGAGAUCUUUGGAGCCGAUAGGGUGAUGUGGGCGAGUGACUGGCCGGUCUGUAACAUCGGGUAUGGAGGCAAGGAGGGGGCUCACCCGCAGUACGCAUGGAGCUGUUGGCGGCAGGCGACAUUUGGCAUUCUGGGGAGGCUGGUUGCACGAAAGAAGCUCACCGAGAAGGAGGCGAAGGAUGUGUGGGGUGCCGUUGCUAGGAAGGUUUAUCGUCUAACAUGAGCGGGAAGUUACAAAUGAAAGCUACUGCUGUUAACCGGAAUUCAACAUAUUGUAUUCCCUCGCGUGUACCACG